UCAUACUACACACUCUGUCGACAGACGAUAAAGUACGAUGAGUCCGACUUUUUUCUUUUUGAGACGUUCUGUGAUUUGAGUGCUGCGGAGCGAUACUAUAGUGCCCUCUUGCCAAACAGCUGUCAAUUCAAUUAAAAGGUGUCGAUCAUACCUUGUUCCCGAUGCCGAAUACUAUCUCCGCCGUUGAUACUGUCGGUGUUGUCUGGCAUUUAGUGCCUCAACUAUGGCCGAUAUCACUUUGAAACCCCGAAUCGAUCCUAUUCUGCUACAAUUUCAACGUAGAGCUUGGGGGAUAUGGAAAAGACCAGCAUCGCGAGGUCGCGGAGCUCUUAUCUAGAUGCUGUAUCGACGGAUGGCUGCAGUUGAUUCAGCAGAGAAAGAAGCCAGUGAGGUACUGCACACUCUGCUUUCAGUUGAAAGAAUAGAAAAACAAGAGGACAAUAACGUUGACAACCAGUCAGCAUCAUCACACUCCUUCCAGUCGAAUACGACAGUGGUUGCCGAGACACAGGAUGGUGAAUCUCAAAUCCAGUGGCAUACUCCUGUGUCCAUAUCCCACUCCCUCUUCUCGGCAAUCGACGCCAAUGGACACUUCACUCAAAACAUGGACGAUCAGCAGGUAGUUAUAUGGGAAGGGCAUACAAUUGUGGACCCAGAAACGAACAACAUAAAUACCAUAUACACUAGUCAUCCCAUUGAAGAAUCAGAGGCAGAAGAACUAGCAGUAGUUCAAACCAAUGGCAAACCCAAAACGCCGCCCAAAAUCAAGAAGAAAAUUCCGGUGAAGAAGAAAAAAAAGAAUGGCGAAGUUGGCUUCUCAAACGAUCCGACUAAACUCGAAGAAAGUGCUUCUCAAGUGAAAGACAGGUUCAAACGAGGGUGCGAAUGCCAAGACGAGAGUUGUUUCCGGGGACUCAACCCAGAAAGUGUAUACAAACACCGACUGAACAUUGCAGAACUGACCAAAGGCGAACAUGAUAUGUACUUGAUGGGAGUUACCAUGGCUUGUUUAGCAAAUCCGGAUACGACAGUAAGACAUAAGGAGAGAAGACGACUGAGGGCACAGUAUGUGUACCAAGGAAGGAGAGUCUGCCUUGACGCCUUCCUCUAUCUAGAAAACUGUACUCAUUACCAGUUAAAGAGGAUCAGGAAACAUGUUAUGACACAUGGUGUGGCACCCAGGGUACAUGGCAAUCAUGGUAAGAAGCCACACAACACAUUUUCUCUGGAUAUAUAUAGGCACGCGACGGAAUUUCUGAAGCAGUAUCUCGAGCAACAUACAGGGGAAAGGGAUAUUGUGAAUACCAAGCAACCAAUACAGUUACCAUGGGAUGUAACUAGAAAAAAUUUACAUGAUGCCUAUAAAGAGUAUGGUCAAAUACUAGAGCCAGGUAUCAAACUUAUGGGGUACUCAACCUUCAGACACUUCAUGAAGGAACAGUUUCCACAUGUGAAGUUCUGCAAGGUUGAGCCCAAGUCCUGCCCAUCUUCUCACCACAAUAACAAUUCUCAUUCCAACUCACAACAACAGCAGCAACAACAACAGCAGCAGCAGCAGCAACAACAGCAGCAGCAACAACAGCACCAGCAGCAACAACAGCAGCAGCAACAGCACCUGCAGCAACAACAACAGCAGCAGCAACAGACCCAGCAGAUUCAGGUACAAGUACAAGCUCAACAAAUACAAGCUGUUGUGGAAAGACCACAAGAGCAGCAGAUACAAGUACAAAAAUGUGUUAUCAACAAUGAAGUGCAGCAAGUUAUACCAUUGGUUGUGGCGCCAUCUAAUGAUGGUACUACCCAGCAUCACCAACAGACUUUCUUGGUUACUCCAGUUCCUCAGUUAGUGCCCACAAAUGGAAAUAUUGUUACACCACAGAAUGCCACUAAUCAUACCACCACGAACACUUUCUCCUACCAAUUGGCUAAUACUGGUUAUGUUAUUAAUGAACAAGGCAAUAUUGUCACUACCAUGGCCAGUGCUCAACAUCAUACUCCCUAUACUUUUGGCAGGAUGUAACCAUUCGAGAUAUAGCCAUUUAGGUUGUGAUAUUUUUUUACUGUAAUAAUUUAUUUUAUAUGUACUUUUAAGUGUACUUUUUGUUACCUAUAUGGAAAAUAUAAAAAAAACAUUCAAGUGAAUCGGUUCGUCUAUGGUUAUGGAGAGAAAAUGAAUCUGUUUGAUAGAUAGACUUGAUAAUUUAUUAGAAUUUGUGAAAAUUAUUAUAAUUUUUGUUAAUAGUUCAAGUACAUGGAGUAAUUGUUUUCUUGGUCUAUUUUAGUUUAAGUUCUAUAAUUUGAGCCAGAAACAAAAUGUAAUGUAAUUACUUUUUAACUUGCAACUAUAUAUUUAUGCUCCGUAUUUGGAGUAGAAAAUAAACAUUGUUGUUU